ACUCUUUGGGUUAAUUUGUUCAUUUUGUAUUCAUUCAUUGGGCGUUGUAAAUGAAAAAUAAUAAAGAAUGUGUUAUUUUUUAAACAGGAAUAUAUUUUAUCACUAUUUGUAAUUACAAAUUAUAAAUUCAGGUUGUAGUUAUCUUUUCGAAAUCUUUAAAGAUGCUAUAAAGAAAGCGAACUCAUCACUCAUCAGUAGUGAACAGAAAUUUUGAAAAUUGAUUUUACGGAAAGGAUCACGAUAAAAAUUAACAAUGCCGGAACAAAGCAACGAUUAUCGUGUUGUGGUGUUUGGUGCAGGCGGUGUAGGAAAGAGUUCGUUAGUUUUGCGCUUUGUAAAAGGUACAUUUAGAGAAUCGUACAUACCAACGAUUGAGGAUACAUACCGACAAGUUAUAAGCAGCAACAAAACAAUAUGCACCUUACAGAUCACAGACACUACAGGUUCCCACCAGUUUCCAGCCAUGCAGAGAUUAUCAAUAAGCAAGGGUCAUGCAUUUAUCCUCGUGUAUUCAGUCAGCAGUCGACAAUCAUUGGAAGAACUGAAGCCAAUAUGGCAGACAAUCAAAGAGAUUAAAGGGGCUGAGUUGCCUAACAUUCCCGUUAUGCUAGCCGGUAACAAGUGUGAUGAGAGUCCUGAGAUCCGAGAGGUAUCGGCUGCUGAGGGACAGGCUCAAGCUCAAACUUGGGGAGUUUCUUUCAUGGAAACAUCUGCCAAAACCAACCACAAUGUUACUCAGCUUUUCCAGGAACUUUUGAACAUGGAGAAGAACAGAAAUGUGUCCUUGCAAGUAGACGGCAAAGGAAAGAAAAAAAAAGAUAAGGUAGUAAAAGAUGGCGGUGAAGCAUCCUCUAGUGGAAGGGAGAAAUGCCUUGUCAUGUAAUAAUUACAAGUUACUUAGUAUCCCACCGACUUUUAGUGUCAAGUAAUAAACAACAUGGUGUAAAAUAUGACAAUAUAAUAAUAAUGUUCUGAGCUAAUUAGAUAUUAAGAUUACAAAGGCCGGUAGCUCCUAGUCCUGUGUGAGAGCAUGCUUUUACAUUUCUUAUUUACAGAUGGGGCAUACUCAACAGAGAUUUGUGAUAUUUGACAAGAUCAUUCUUUGAUCAAGACUAGUCAACUUUUUUUUUAAAACAUGAUAAACUAGAUCUCAAUAUUAUUAUUUUAGUAGUUUGUAAUUUCUUAUAUAGUUUAAUGUACAAUGUUGCCCUAAAUUAGUCAUGUUUCGAGGGUUGGAACUUUUAAGAGAUAUUGUAUAAUUUUACUAUGUUGUUUGAAUAUUUGAUCUAUAAAUCGAUAUGUCGAUUGAGAUAUCUAUAUCAAUAAAUAAUAGAAUAAUGAUUAAAGAGAACGAAAAGUAGCCCGUUUCGCUAUUGAAUUUGUUUUUUCAAACCAAACUCAACUAAUUAAUUGUAUCGUUCGUGAUAGAAUAAGGUCCGUGCGAAUGCAAGCCGCGCAAUAAUCCGUUGCGUAAGAAUACGCCCAGAUUACUUAAAAACAAGUAGAUUUAUUUGUGUGAGUGGAUGGCCUAACAAGCUUUUUGAAUUAAAAAUUAUUUCAAUUUUGAUAAUGCAUUUUUGCUUUUGCACCUGUGUGAGUUUUAAAAGAGAAAAAAAUUGGGUUCGCUUAACGUUUGCGCCUGAUGUUGGUUAUUACUUGCGCUAAAUCAAUUAUGCUGUAAUUUUUAUUCUAGUCUCAUGACUAGAAUAUUCCAAUAUUCCAAUGGAUUUAACGGAUUUGUUGUAUUGCAUUUUAUUAAGUAUUAUUAAUUAUUAAUAAUUAUUACUACUACGGCUAUUACUACUUAAAUAUUGUUUAUAAUGUGAUUAAUCUUAAAAUCAGAAGUCAUCAUCGUUGAAAUGUAUAUUUUGCUAACUAAUAAGAAUGACUUUAUUUACACUAGUUGCAUAUUACUUAAAAUAAUAAUUAAUAAUGACUGACAUGACAAGGCUAGAAGCACAUAAUUAUCGCAAGCCGCAUCCCAACACUACAAAUCAACAUCAAGCUAUUUUUUUACAUAUCAGGAUGUUCACCUUUCGGGCGAGACUGCCACAAUAUUCUGCUAGCGUUUUUCUUGGUGGGACGGCAGCCUAAAGGCUCCUUUUUUAACGUAUUUUGCUAAAUGCAAUUUUACUAAAUUUGAAUUUUGAAAAUUGAAGUGCUCUUUUAUGUCAAAAAAAAUCCUUGUUUGUUGUUGUUUAAAUUUAAAUUUUUGCUCAGCAUAAUU